AUGCGGGUAAUCGAAAGCCACCUGCCAGACUGCCUAGCACAGGGUUCGGGUGGUUUAUCCGACGUGAGGAUGAGUCGUGAAGACUGCAGUGUCUUUACAUGCUUAGCCGGGUUCCUGAAUGUAAAGAAGAUCCUUGCGAGGAAUCAAUACUGCAGCCUCGAUUUGACUAGAUGGUAUGAAGCCCCACCAGACGUUAAGCGAAGAAUCAUUUCUGUACCAGGAACGGGAGCAAGUGAUGCUCCGAUGGUCUUCUCGUGGCACGACGAAUUAGAAGGACGGAUGUUUUCAAUCAUUGCCGUUUCGAGAUGUGAAGAAGCUAUACGCAGCCACUUCUGUUUUGGACUGCGCUUCGCCUCGAAGAUACAAUGCAGGCUCAUGUCUGCUUCGGAAGGACAUCUUUGGGUGUUUUCGGCAGCCCGUGCUUCUAUCAUUUGCAUGACUCCACCCGUUGCAGGGAAAAAUUCGGACACCACAGAGCCCGGACGAGAUCACAACCCGACAAACCCUGCCAUUUUCCACGUAACAACUUCUCCCGUGGCCUACCUCGUCGAAGCAUUACGAAUCACUAUACAGAUAUAG